UAGAACCCGGGGCUACUUCACCCUGUACCCUCCAGUGGGUCUUGGCUUCCCACGGUAUUCUAGGCUGCCCGCUGUGUGAUGACUGAUGCCCUCCAGGCCAGGCGACACAGGGUGGGGCGAAAGGGCCUCCAGGGAGCAGAAAGGAAAGCGAAAGUUCCUACCCAGACUUUCGCUUUCGCCGCCUCCGCGCUGUCCAGGUGGCCCCCGCGCGCGAUCCCUUGUCGCCCUGGGGUUCGGCCACCCUCGCGCCCCAGACCUGGUCCCCGGAGCACAGCGUUCCCCUAUGGCCGGCGACCCCUGGCGGAGGGACAAAGGGAAGGUCUCCGACCGCAGACGAUCCAUGGAGGGGGCCGGGGGUCCCCUGCGCCUCCGAGAAUGGCUGGUGGCGCAGAUCGAGAGCGGGCGCUAUGCGGGGCUGCGCUGGGAGGACGCAGGCAAGACCCUCUUCCGCAUCCCCUGGAAGCACGCAGCCAAGCAGGGUUACCAGGUGCGGCAGGACGCUGCGCUCUUCAGGGCCUGGGCCAUAUACAAGGGCAAGCACCUAGAGGGCAUUGACAAGGAGGAUCCCUCUACUUGGAAGACACGGCUUCGCUGUGCCCUCAACAAGAGUGCUGACUUCUGUGAAGUACGUGAGCGCAGCCAGCUGGACAUCUCCAACCCCUACAAGGUCUACCGGCUCCUGUCUGAUGGUGCCCACGACCCAGUUACCAGGGCUUGUGCCCCCGGUAAAGAGGAGGGCAUUCUUCAGAGCCAGCAGAAGCCCCCUGGAGGAGUGACAGAGCCAGCCUGCAGGACAGAAGAGCAGGAUGUAUCCGGAUUAGUCACAGAGGAUAAAGACAAGGAGCAGCCCUCCAGGCUAGCCCAGCAGGACUCCCUGCUCCCAAGCCCUUUGGCUGACCACAGCUACCAGGCACAGAAUCCUGCUCACCCCUGGGGCACUUUGCCCUCUGAGAAUUUCAGCAACCCUGCAGAUUGCUGGCUGCACGUGCGACUCUUCUACCGCGCGGAGCUGGUGCGCGAAGCCACAGCGCUGGCGGCCGAGGGCUGCCGCCUGAGCCCGCGCGCGGCCGCCGCGGCCGCCGAGCGACUGCUGGGGCCGCCGCCGAGGGUGGCGCAGGUUCGUUUCCCGGAGCCGCCGGCCAGCGCCCACGUGCUGCGGCGCCUGCUGCCGCACCUGGAACGCGGCGUGCUGCUGUGGGUGGCGCCCGAGGGCGUCUUCGCCAAGCGCCUGUGCCAGGGCCGCGUGUACUGGCGCGGCCCGCUUGCCCCGCACCGCGCGCGGCCCAACAAGCUGGAGCGCGAGCGCACCUGUCAGCUGCUCGACACGCGCCGCUUCCUCGCGGAACUGCGAGCCCAUCUGCAGGAUGGUCACCCGGAGCCCGAGUACCAGAUCCGGCUGUGCUUUGGUGAGGAGUACCCGGGGCCCCCGGACCAGCCCGAGGAGCGGCUCAUUAUGGCCCAUGUGGAGCCAGUCUUCGCCAGGGAGCUCCUCCUGCACUCGAAGAUCCACGGCCAGAUGCCCAGGUGUCAGGUUCCCAGCGGAGCAUCCCCGACAGCAUCACUCACCUGCUGACACAGCUGAGUCAGCCCUAAGCAGCGUCUUC